UCAAUAACUGGGGCAAUCAGGUAAAAUCACUGCCAUACUUCAGUUCCUCACAAACAGUGUACCAGAAAGCUGACAAGGAGUGGAGAGGGAAAUACCAACCUCCCUUUCUUGGUCUUUGGGCUCUCAAUGCUCUUGUUCUCCAAUUCAAAACCAUGGCAGAAUCUCAGAAAAUGGUGGCAUUGAAGAAGGCGUACGCGGAAAUAAUACUGAACACGGCGAAGGAGGCAGCUAGUCGAGUGAUGGCGUCGGAGAAGAAAGCGAUUAGCUAUCAGCAGGAUCUUUUUACUGCAAAAGACGAGGCGAUUCGUUUGCUUGUCCGCUUGAAGCAAAUGAUCGAUGCUAAGAUAAUUGAAGCAGAGAUAGCAUCCUCAAGCCAGCAAACUAAAAUUGAUGAGCUUGAAGCUCAGCUCCAGGAAGCAGAGGGUGUCAUAGUAGAUCUAAGAGCAGAGUUGAAAUGGGCACGUGAUAAGUUGGAGAAGAUAACUAACAACCAACUCCAGUCUUUGGAUGGAAAUAUCACAAGUGACAAUGAACCCUCUGACCAAAACGCAACACCUGAGCCCAAUAUACUCUCUCCUAAUGUGGGACUCCAACCUGUGACAACUUGUGACAUGAAGAACUCAUUAUUUGAUCAGAGAAUUUUGGAUAACACGGGCUGCAAUAUAGAACAGACUGAGCAAUUGAGUGUUUCUCAAUUUGGAAGCCAUUCUUCUCAUAACACUGAAUUAGCUUCAGUAAUUAUAAGAAAAGAGGAACCUGAGCUGUACAGAAACACUGAAAGAAUUUGUGCAUUUGAAGGGAACUUACUGGCUGGGAAUUUGCCACCUUCUGGAGAAGUUGAUGAACAUGCCCUUAGAAAGAGUGAAUUGAUCAGCAAAGCAACUAAUAAGGAUGAUAAAAAAUCUACUGUUUUUUCUUUGAAGACCAAGAAUUUGGAAACAGCAAAGAACUUUUAUGGGGAAGAAGGAAAAAAACGUGUUAGGGUUCGCACAAUAAGACGAAGAAGGACUCGGUUUGGGAAAACCAAAGCUAAGCUCAAGUCUUGUCCAAGUAAGCUUACGAAACCUUAUCAACCACCAUCCAUUCUGUCUCAUUGCAAAAGAUACUUGACAAAUGGGAAUGGUAAACCUGAUGAAGGUACGCGCCUUCCCUCUAUCAAGACUGACAACAUUGAAAUGAAGAAGCAUUCUAGUGAAUUGGAAAAAAAAUUGCAUUCUCAGAACAGCUGCAUUACAGUUGAGAAGAUGAUUGCUCCUGAAGGGAAAAGACAAAAGACUGUGCAAAGUGCGGAUGCCAUGUCUACCACAUGCACACACUAUCCUGAUCAGCAUAAAACUUGUCAACUCUCUUCUUUUCUAAACCAAUGCAAGUCUUGUUCACUUUCACUCUAUGGUAAGAUCAAAUUAGGUAAUGAUGGGUCAAGCAUGACAGAAAAUGAGGUUAAACUGAAUCCAUUGUCCAGCUUAGAUCCAGCGUUAACACUAGUUAAAGGUGGUGUGAAUCCUCCAUCUGGCUCUACAAAUGUCACAGUGAGUGUUAAGGCAUUAAAUAGAUCAGGUAUCAUCCAUAAUACCUCAAACAAGGAUGUGGAGUUAGCAGAUGAGUUUGUAAAACAGGAAUAUGAGGCUGCUGCCAAUUCAACUCUUCCAUGCUAUGAAUCAAAUCCUGAGAUGGUUAACGUACCACUGGUAUAUUCUGAUUUGGAACACAUCAAAUCAUCCAAAGAAGAUAUGGUUGAUGUACCAUUGCUGUAUUCUGAUUUAGAAGACGCCAAAGCACCCAAAGAAUCUAAGGUUUCUCCUAGGCAAGUAGACAACAAUAGGCUUCUUAAGUACACCUUCCAAAGGAAACGCAAGAAGGAGGCCCCAAGUAGUCCUGAUCAAAACACUUCUCUUGAAAAGAGCACUGUAACAAGGAGAGCUGGAGAGAAGCACAAUGGUUCACCAGACAAAGAGAAAUCUAGCAUAAUAAAUAAAUCUUCUAGGGACAGUAGGCGACUGGCUCAGGUUGCUCGCCAGCUUAUUUCUUUGUCUGGGAAAAGAUGGUGGUAAUUAGGCCAAUUGUUCCUCAAGUCCAACCAGAAAAUGGUUGGAUGUGAUGCUCAAGUUAAAAUUCACUCACCUUUUAUUCGGUGAUACCGGCAUAAUUUUUUUUUUCCAAGAAAUCCGAUAAAUAUGCUGCUGUUUGCCAUGCCUGCCCUUCAAAGUAUGAGAGAUAUAGAGAUUACUCAUUAGUAUGAUUAUUACAUUUUAAAUUUCAACUUUCCCCUACAUAUCUUCUUGUGGAGAAUAACCCUUUUCUCAUCUCCGUCUUUUUCUUUUUCACUACAUAGAGAAGUUGUAAUAUCUUCAAUAGUUGCCGGAUUGGCCCGGCAAGCUCCUAGCUGUAUCUUCAGUAACCAAUCCUGCCAUGACAGGUCUUUUUACAGAUAACCUUAAAUUUAAUCUAAUGCUUUGGCAUUCAUUCUUCUCUA